CCUCGAUUACAUUUCAGAGCGCAGCUUUCAUUCUGGAUUAUUUUGUUCGUCCUCCGUACCCUUUUGUCACUCAUUAAUCUUCUUUUUUUUGUCCGUUUCUACAGCUUAUGCGGCUUCUUCAUAUCGCCUGCUAGUGCUUCACAAUGGCGUCCAAGAAGGAGGGCGAUGUGGUUUUUUCGUUCAAUGGAAAAUACGUCUCUUGGGCACACACUGUUGUCGCAUAUGCCGCCUUCAUCGGGGCCUUUAUAGUCGGUGUUUCGCUCCACUACCAUAAAAUCGUGCAGAACGAGCACUAUGGCUACCCCGACGAAUGGUUUCCCUCUGUCUCUUCUACCAUCGGCGACCGAUACCCCGAACGGUCUGUUUUUAUGGUCUUCAUCGCCAUCACCUCCGGACCACGCUUUGCUUUGGUUGGACUGUGGUACAUGCUCACCAGGAGGCCGAAUACAAGCUUGCCUGGGAUCAUAGCAGCAACCGGCUUGUUCAGAACGUUGACAUGUGGAGGUUGGACAUAUGUGACAUCCACGGAUGACCACGAUUGGCAUGAUAUCUUCAUGAUAUCCUACCUAGUUGCGACACUUCCAUGGACACUAGGCUGCCUUGCAUUGAGCCCUCCAAAUCCUACUGCGAUCAGAUAUCGAAAAAUCCUUGCCAGCCUUUUCUUUGGAACGCUGGUGCCACUUGUAUACUGGUUUAUUCAGCACAAGGUCCAUAAAAGGGCUGGUGCAUACACCAUCUAUUCGUUUUUUGAGUGGUCACUUAUUCUGUUUGACGUCGCCUUUGACGCAGUGACUGCGAUCGAUUUUCAGACAUUUGAGCUUGUGGUAAGAGACGUCAAGGGUCUUAGCAGAGGUGAUGCGAAACUUUUGAAAGAGUCUGUGAAGGAGAAAGAUCACGACAAUUCGCUCAUUCAGACAUCCACCUUUGAAGGUCCCUACUACUGGCCUGCUAUACUCGACGCACUAGCCGAAAUUCUCCACGGAUACUUUUUCUGGUCCAUCCUAACCUCACUGGGAGUUCUUGUGUGGUAUUUUCCACUCUGGCAUAUGGGAAUCUCUGGUUACGAAGUCAUGGUCAUGUCUACCAUCUCCCCGUUAACACUCGGAAUUCCGUUCAUUAGAUCUCUCUGCAUCAAAUACAACCGCUGGAUCCACAUGUCGACCAUGGCAGGGCUUCUGGCUUGGCUUGUGAAGGACCCUGCGAAUCGAUUGUUCACCGUUGGCUUCGCUGUGUGGAUGGGUUGUCUUGGAUGGUCGGCGGAAUGGUAUGCUGAGAGACGCAAUUCCGCACGCCUUCAAAGAAGAAUUCUUGCUUGGAGUAUCGGAUUGAUUCUGUCCAGCAUCUCCAAAUUCGCCAACCACACCAACAACCCAGUUUGGCCUAUCCUCCAUGCAGGCAUCGGGGGCUGGAACAAGACGGCCUUGGUAGUAGCCCUCUUUGCGAUCUGGAGGUCAACGCGACCAGCCACAACCGGUGGAGGCGACUACGUCCCACAUAAUGCUAAGAAAGGGUCGAGUUUACUGGCAGGACUCGGAUUUGGAGGACUCAUGUUUGCCACGCACUCUUUGCUUUCAGAUUCCAGCACCAUGAUCCUAUGGGUCUGGGAAGGCUAUCCUGUAAGAGGACCACUGGCAGCGCCUCAUGGUGCUGUCACCUUGAUCUGCAUGAGCGCUGGUUUGUUCUUGGGUAUUGCGCUUCCUGGUUUCUUUGGGUCGUGGACUGCCUUCGGACUCGGCGCUGUUGGGGCGGCCUUGCUCACCCUCUACAGCAACUGGACUGGAUACUACGGCGGGCUUCUCUUGGCUUUCUACAUCAUGGGAGUUGCUCCAGUCAUUAUAUCGUCAGCUGUCCAACAUAACCCUGCCUCCACAUUCGGCUUCGGCUUCUUUUGCUACAAUAUCAUGGUCCUCUUCCAUGUGUGGGUGGUUGCUUAUGCCUUCGUGCCCGGUGGGCCACUUGUGAGGGAACACACCGAUUGGGUGAUGAUCACCACUAUGCUUAUGAUCGGCGCGGGCGUCUUUUCGGCGCUGAUCACCAAUUCAACGCAUAAACAGAAGUCUACGUCAAGUCCUCGAGGACGCAAGCAAUCGGCUUACUUCCUCCACAUUCUGCUCGCUCUGCAGCUUUUGACUGGCUCAAUUGCUUACCUGCGUUUCCCUACCAAUGACUACGUUCCUUAUCAUAAAGACGAGAAGUUGAUCACUGCUGGUAUCUGGACCAUUCACUUUUCACUUGACAAUGAUAUGUGGUCAUCUGAGCGGAGGAUGCGUGAUGCCAUUAAAGAGUUGGAGCUUGAUGUGGUUGGUUUGCUAGAGUCGGACCUGCAACGCAUCAUCAUGGGCAAUCGAGAUACCACUCAAUACCUGGCGGAGGAUCUUGGUAUGUACGUUGAUUAUGGUCCGGGACCUAACAAGCACACAUGGGGAUCAGCACUACUCUCGAAGUUUCCAAUUGUCAAUUCUACACACCAUCUCCUACCAUCUCCAGUAGGCGAGCUUGCACCCGCAAUUGAGGCUACGUUGGAUGUGUACGGCACCAUGGUCGAUGUCUUCGUCUUCCACUCCGGACAGGAAGAAGACCCUGAAGAUCGUCGCCUGCAGUCAGAGUAUCUUGCGAAGGCUAUGAAGGCGAGCCCUCGACCGGCAAUCCUGCUCAGCUACCUUGUGGUCAAGCCGACGGAGGGCAACUACAACACAUAUGUGGGCGAGAAGAGCGGUAUGCACGACAUUGAUGUGAGCGAUUGGGAUCGAUGGUGCGAAUAUAUCUUGUAUAAGGAUAUAAAGAGAGUUGGAUAUGCUCGUGUCAGCCGGGGUACUAUCACAGACACGGAGAUCCAGGUGGGCAAAUUUGUGGUGGGAGAGCCGGCCUCGUAUUCCAAUGACAGGAUUUCUGAAGACCAAGUUCCACCUGGACGAAGAUUCCCUGCACUGUUCCGUGGAGAAGGGGUGCGCGGUCAUCGUUACCAUGUUUUUGAUGAGCCGUGGUAUUAUGCAUAAAAAAAAGGGAAAUGAGAGGGUGCUUCCGGGAGGGCGAUGGGAGUUGCUGUCCCGCUAUGAGAACUUGUGCAAGCAGACAAUGAAAUAGAACAACAAAGGAGUAACAACACGUGACUCUGUGCUUCGUAAUUCG